ACUGUGAGCAGCCUACAAAGGGAAAGAAAGGAAGCGAGAGCGAAAAAGACGACGAUGGAUCCCUAUUCAGGAGGGGGAAGCUGGAACAUGAUCCCCAGCAUCCCAACCCACAAUAACGUAUCUACACCCUCAAAUCAAGACCAUUUAUACCUCUCCUCUCCUCCACCAUCACAACAACAACAACAGCAGCAGCAGCAAUUUCAUUCACAACAAUUCCAGCAGCAGCAGCAGCAGCAGCGUAUGUUACAACAGCAACAGCAGCAGCAGAAUCAGCAACAUCAGUCACUUGUUUCCCACUUCCAUCUCUUACAUUUGGUGGAGAAUUUGGCUGAUGCGAUUGAUAAUGGAACCCGGGAUCAGCAUUCUGAUGCUUUGAUUAAUGAACUGAACAAUCACUUUGAGAAGAGCCAGCAGCUUUUGAAUUCGAUUGCUGCAUCCCUUAAUUCUAAAGCUAUGACUGUUGAAGGGAAAAAGAAAAAGCUGGAGGAAAGUGAACAAUUGCUAAACCAAAGGAGGGAUCUGAUAGCCAAUUACCGAAGCUCUGUGGAAGACCUUGUGAAGACUGAGCCAUAGCUGCUUCUCACUCUACUGAGCACAGGUCAAUAGCCUUCUGUGAAAGACCAGAAGGAAAACCCCGUGAAGUGGUAAUCAUAGAUGUAUACAAGUCUCAUCUCUUUGUUCAGCAAGCAGAAAACUCUCUGUUAUCAACCUUGUUAUUCUAUCAGAAUUUACUUUCAAAGGAGACUACGUUGAAAUGCAAUCUGGGAUUCAUAACUUGUUGGUGCUAUUUAUUAUGUUACAGAGCUAUGUAUAUCAUUACUGUUGGGGCUGCACGUUCUUCGGUUUCUAAUAAAACUUAAACAUGACUGAGUUUGACAGAUCUUGU